GCAUAUGCCCAUUGUUUGUUUGUUUAUCCGUCGUAAUCUCUCGCUUACAAAAAUAUCUCCCUUCUCCGCAUCACUCACUACUCAACUAGCACUACUACUAGUAAGCAAGCAGCAGAUAAGCAUCACUCCCUCCCACUCCAACCACCACAUCAGCAUCAGCAAGCAGCAGCAGCAGAAGCAGAUCGAUCGAUCGAUCGCCAUGAGCGUGGUGAUCCUGGACGGGUCGACGGUGCGGGGCUUCGUGGCGGACGACGACGCCUUCGCCCGCAGCGUCGACGCGCGCUUCGAGGCGCUGGACGCCAACGGCGACGGCGUGCUGUCCCGCGCCGAGCUCCGCCGCGCGCUCGAGUCCUUCCGCCUCCUCGACGGCGCCGGGUUCGGCUCCGCCGAGCCGGCCCCGCUCCCCGCCGAGGUCUCCGCGCUCUACGACUCCGUCUUCGAGCAGUUCGACGCCGACCACAGCGGCGCCGUCGACCGCGCCGAGUUCCGCGACCAGAUGCGCCGCAUCAUGCUCGCCGUCGCCGACGGCCUCGGCUCCCAGCCGCUCCAGGUCGCCGUCGACGACGAGGGGGGCAGCUUCCUCCUCGAGGCCGCCGAGCACGAGGCCGCCUCCAUCGCCGCCAAGAUCGACGCCCAGCGCGCCGCCGAUGCCGCCGCCGCCGCCGACGCCAAGUGACGCCGGCCACGUCAUCGCAACCGUUGCAUCGGAUCGGGCUUGUUUUUUUUUUUUUUUACUCUUCACGUGUACCGUGUCCGUGUGUGUCGAGGUGUCGGUGUACGUGUACGUAUCACAGGUGGCAACGUACCUCUCUGCUACGCUUAUCAAACUGGAGACUACUCUGCUUUGAAUGGAAAUAAAAUAAUUUUCUAUCCACUCUAAAAAAACGUCA